CGGGGCGGGGCGGGGCCCGUGACCGACGGGCCGAGCGGUGCGCGCUCAGGGGGGCCGUGAGUGGAGCAACGAGCCUCACCCUCGUCAGGCGCGACCGCGGCGCCGUCAGGCGGCCAGAGGACUCCCAGCAAAACAAUGAGCCCGUUUCUGGAUCUCCUCCUGUUUUUGGCCACGCUCAUCUACUCCUACUUAGAGGCUCUCGUGAAGCUUUUUCUCCCUGUGAAGAGAAAGUCUGUCAGCGGAGAGCUUGUUCUCAUCACGGGCGCUGGCCACGGCGUGGGGAGAGCAACUGCCCUCGAGUUCGCCAAGCGUCAGAGCAGGCUGGUCCUGUGGGACGUCAGUAAGCAUGGUGUUGAGGACACGGCAGCAGAAUGCAAAAGUCUGGGAGCCACUGUUCAAGCCUUCGUGGUGGACUGCAGCAAAAGGGAGGAAAUCUACAGCGCUGCAGAGAAGGUGAGAAAGGAAAUUGGGGAUGUCUCCAUCCUGGUGAAUAAUGCUGGUGUGAUUACGGCUGCCGACCUGCUCUCGACUCAGGACCACCAGAUUGAAAGAAUGUUUGAAGUCAACAUUCUUGCUCACAUCUGGACCACAAGAGCUUUUCUGCCAACCAUGAUGAGCAACAACCACGGUCACAUUGUCACGGUGGCUUCGGCAGCAGGUCAUUUUGGGACUUCUUUCAUGGUGGCUUAUUGUUCAAGCAAGUUUGCGGCGGUUGGAUUUCAUAAAGCUCUGACAGAGGAGCUGUCUACCCUGGGAAAGGAUGGAAUAAAAACUACGUGCCUUUGUCCGGUUUUUAUAAACACUGGAUUUGUCAAAAACCCCAGUACAAGGCUUGGAAAGAUUUUGGAGACUGAAGAAGUUGUAGAGGCCCUGAUGGAAGGAAUACUAACCAACCAGAAAAUGGUUUUUGUUCCGUCACAUCUAAGCAUUGCUUCACUUUCUGAAAUGUUGUUCCCAGAACGUGCCUUGGCUGUUCUGAAAAAGCUGAACAACGUCAAGUUUGAUGCAGUCAUUGGGCAGAGAAGCACUCAGUGAAAGCUAAAUUUGAUUCUCAUUUCCCAGUGGCGCAAGUGAAAACAGAAUGUGUGCUGAGCAUAGUUCAGCUGGUUAGUUCUGCUCUGAGUCAAAGACAGACGCUUCCAGGCCACCAUGUCCAAGCACACCUAAGGUUUUAUCCCACACCUGCAGCAGGGACAUAGCUGCACAACAUGGAGUGUUAAUAAAGCAGAGAUGCAUCUCUAGAAGUGUAAAGGGCUGCUUUGGCUCUAUGCGCAUCGCCUCUAUCUCCUAGUGCUGAGGCAGACAUGAAUUCCCACCAAGCCUGUCUUGAGUGCAAAGCGAUUGCCUGAGAAUGUGUUAAUCUGGACUCAUCCCUGAGCAAAGGUACCUUGCAAGAAGCAAUUUAUAGAGGAGGUGGGUGGCCUGUUUCACCUCAAAUCAUCUUUUAAAUUAAAAAAAAGGGGCUCUAAUGGACACUCACAGUUUGAUGUGCUUUUAUAGGGAGUACCUGAAAUAAUACAGGCUUAUAAGUAAUGUAAUACAUCAUUACAUUGUGUAUUAAUUAUGCAUUAGCACAAACAACACUCCUUAUUCCAAAUAAAUACUGCUCUGCAACCCAAA